AAGCAGCCAACAGGACAGUGCUGCUGAGUGAAAACCUAAAGGAACUAAAGGAAACAUUUGAAAAAGAUGUCCACGAUGCAAGUUCCCCACUGCAGAGAGAGAGGUCCAUGGGGCACAGGAUGCUUUCUGACCAUGUUCCUCAUUGUGAGUGCCUGCCUUAGACCAGUUUUACUCUUAAACCCUCCUCCUGUGACAACAGCUCUGCAGUCUGCGUUCUCUGCCGCUCGCACCAGCAGUGUGAUGGGGGGCAAGCAGAGGGCAGUGACCUUUGACCGACUCAUGGUCAACAUCGGAGCGGACUUCAAUCCAGACACUGGCUUCUUCCGCUGCCGCAUCCCGGGAGCUUACUAUUUCUCAUUUUCUGUGGGGAAAUUCCCAAAGAAAAUGCUCUCUGUGAUCCUGGUGAAGAAUGGGGAGGAGGUGCAGGCCAUAGCUUACGAUGAUUAUCGCAAGAAAGGAAGAAAAGUGCAAAGUCAGAGUGUCAUGGUGACCUUGAAAGAGAUGGACACAGUGUGGUUACUUAUACAACAGAGUCCUCAGUAUGCAUUAUACAGCAACAUGGGCCCAUACAUCACCUUCUCAGGGUAUCUGGUCUAUCCUGAGACCACCUACAUCAGUAACCACCUGUCCUCUUCCUCUGGGCUGCCCCCCCACUGCCCCCCUCAGACAGAACACUGGGGCAGGACUGAUCUGCUGGGUGACCUGCAGGGGCCCCGCUCGGCCUUCUCUGUGGCACGCACCUCCACACUCCUGGGACAGAGCCGUCUGCAGCAGCAGAAGCCUGCUCUUACUUUUGAUGUGGAGUAUGUAAACAUAGGGGGGCACUUCAACAGAUCCUCAGGCAUAUUCACCUGCCACUAUCCAGGGGCGUACUACUUCGCCUUCACUGUGGGCAAACACCCUCGAAAGGCUGUGUCAGUGAAGCUGAUGAGAGGACAGGGAGAUGUUCAGGCCAUGGUGUUUGAUGAGGACACGUCCAAGAGGAGGGAGAUGCAAAGUCAGAGUCUGUUGUUGUCUCUUCACCAUGGCGACACUGUGUGGCUGUACAGUCAGCAAGACGAGCGCUACGCUGUGUACAGUAACCAGGGGCGAUACACCACAUUCUCUGGCUUUCUGGUUUAUCCUGAGGCUGAGAGCAUCAGGGCCCAUACCACACAGGACAGAACUCACCUCUAAAGUUACCUCUCAUCUCUUAGUGCUGCUGUUUAAUAUUUUAAACGUUAGAAACACUUUAUGCCAUUUUAGUCCAGAAGAUGGUGCUAUGACAUAACAGUGAAAUGUUGAUAUACAG